AUGCAGGCCUCUGCCUUUCGCAUUCUGGCAACCUGGCUGGUUGUGCAAGCCAUAUCGAUGAGCUGCUUUGCACAGCCUCAACAGGCUGAGAAGAGGAGCCAACCAAGGCACCUACCGGGAGGAUAUCGUGUUAGAGUCUGGAGUGCACAUACCAAUUCUAAUGCCACGGCGGACCAAGGCCAGGGUAGCACGGAAAAUUCAAUGGUGAGGGAAGCCGACGCCGAGACGACCCAACAACACGUUACCAUCAACGGUGCCGGCGGCCAAAGCGGCAAUGAGGCCGUCAACUCCACGGCGAGCAUACCCUCACAGAACCCAGACCGGCCGCGUCUCGACGCGCCAUCCCCCCAGGAGAAUGCUUUGCCAAAUGAAAACGAGGCCCCUCCAGAUGAGAACGAGGCCCCUCCGAGUCAGAAUGAGGCCCUUCCAAAUCAGAAUGAGCCUCCUCCGACUACAACCCCCAAGUUCGAGGGACUCAAGCUGACCACGGUGACGGUGCCGGCACCAGCGGAGGCCACCCCACAGACCGUCACCAUUACGGAGCUUGCGAGCACAGUUACCCAAACCGUCACGGCGUCUUGCCAGCAACAACCCUCUGCGGCUCAGAAUCUCCAAACGGUCAUCAUCACCGAGGUCGUGAGCACAGUCACUGAGACGAUCACGGCAUCUUGUCGGGAGCGGGCUCCUUCAUCUUCUCGGAGUACACAGCAGCAGGCGAAUGCGGACACCCACACGGUCAUGGCAUCGGCCAGCACAACGGCAGUCGCCAGGCCGGAAUGCCCCCUCAAACCUACUGGCGAUUCCCUACAGGUAAUUUGCAACGGCCAGAUGCUCUCGUCCCCAUCCAAGCCUGUCGGUUCGGCGACCCCCAGCGGCCAAGACGGCGGCAACGGUGUAGGCGUGUCGACGAUUCCGAUCCCCGAGUCUUCCAAGCCCAGGACGACGUAUUCUUCUGGCUCGCCGCCAGCGCCAGAUUCCCCUCCAGUCGUUCCGGUGCCAGGUGAGGGAAUCGCGAGGACCGAGCGAGCCAGCGUGAGCCGCUUGGUGUCAACAAAGGCAGAUUCGUCCAGCAGCUCCUCGUCGGCACUCAACGAGAUGGCGGCAACGGCAACGACGACCAGUAACACUGUCGGAGCGCCACCCUCGCCAACCUCUCGCCCCGUGAGCAAUGCCCCGGAUGCCUCUGCCCCGCUCGAGCCUGCUCGACUUGCUCCAAAUGCCGCUGCGGUAGCGCCCGCUCAGCCGUCAGUCAACCUCUCUGGCCUUACGCUGAGCAGUGUGUUGAACCUGGGCAACCUGGUGGAUCAGCCAUCGACGGCUCCAACCCAAUCAGCACCCGCGGCGGCAUGA